AUGUGGGAGGCACUUAUGUCUUUCUGCGGGAAGGAGUGUCUUCCACCGGGGGAAGACAUGCCAGCGGAGGAUGCCGACAGCAUAGUGGUUGCGUGGAUCGAAAAGCGAGCGGCAGAGCACAAGACUUUCGCCCUAUGGGAGCAGUUCCUCUUGCACGACUUCCCUGCCUACCUGACCUUCCGGACUGCCCUGCGCACGGGAGAUUUCAUGCUGCGGCUUGAUGCACUUCGCCGUAUCGCUCCCAUUUUCUACAUCAGCGGUGAGGACCGAUACCAAUUCCUGGUGGUGGAUCACCUUGCGGAGAUGUCAAGGAUGUCGGAGUCAGAUCUCAAGGUGAUGUCCGAGUUAUUUUCCGUCUCGCUCAGCAAGGAUGCGUGUGUCCGGCUUGGUUUGGAUGAGAGGCAGGAGGUUGUCAAUCGUCUGUACAAGACCUUGACGAAUAUGAUACUUCCGAGUUUCAUCCACAAGCUAGCCCCGACUGCUCAGCUUCGCGAGAUAGCUGAAUUCGAGUUUGGGCGGGAAUUCCUCGAAGGGCCACGUACGGAACGGAACAGAUGCCGGGAGCUGGCUUUACUGCGUGCGCCUGCGGUCAAGAAAGCAAUCCAAUGCCUGCGAGACAGCCCGUUAUUUGAGGGCGACUUAGGCAAGGGGAAGGUCGUGUCCUUGGACGGGAGGGUGUUUCCAGAGGCAACGUGGCACGAGAUUCUUGGUGCCCCGGCAACGGCGUUAGAGAAGAUGCAGGACUUUGUGCUGUACUUCGUCACGAAGGACAAGACGACGAAGGGAGCCACCAAAAAGAAGAUCUUCUCCAUCCCGGCUUUAAACACAUAG